CGUACUUGCACAUCAGGAAGGGAAAAAGUUGAGGCCGGUAGAGUACAUGUCCAAAAAGAUGCCCUCUAUGAAGUUGGCUAAGUCCACCUAUGAGAAGGAGCUCUAUGCGAUCUACAAGACGCUCACCCAUUGGAGGCACUAUCUCCUUGGGAGGUUCUUCUACGUCAGGAAUGAUAAUCAGACCCUGAAGUGGAUGAGAACCCAACCUGUGCUCUCCGACGCUUUGAAGCGUUGGAUUGAAGUCAUAGAGCAGUAUGACUUCGAGCCCCAGUACAUCAAGAGCGAGUACAACAAGGUUGCUGAUGCGUUGUCACGUAGGCUUGAUUUCUCAUGUGCACUGAUUACUGAGUUCGAUCUUAUGGACGAUGUUACUCCCUCUUUGGUGGAAGCCUAUCACGAGGACCAGUUCAUGUCUGAGAUCAUACGCAGACUUGAGGCGAAGGAUGAGAAUACUUCUGCCGAGUUUGAGUUGGUCAACGACUUGUUGUUCCUUGAGAAGGCAGGUUAUAAACGAUUGUGUGUCCCAAAUAGAGAGUCUUUGCGUAGUUUAUUUUUAGGUGAGUGUCAUGAUGCCACCGGCCAUUUUGGCUAUAAAAAGACAACAACCAAUCUGCUGCAGCGGUUCUGGUGGCGCACGAUGAUGCGAGAUGCCCAACUGUACGUGGAGACCUGUCAGGUCUGUCAGAGAGGCAAGCCACGUACUCAGGCUCCUCUUGGGCUCCUGAAGCCCCUUCCAAUUUCGGAAAGACCUGGUGAGAGUUUGUCCAUGGACUUCAUGGAUACGCUGGUCACCAACAAGAGCGGGAUGAGACAUAUCUUUAUCAUCGUGGACAAAUUUAGUAAGUAUGCUAGGUUGAUAGCCAUGCCGGAGACAGCAAAAACCGAGUACGUUAUCAGACUGUUCAAAGAGAACUGGGUAAGAGAUUUUGGUCUACCCAAGUCAAUCGUGAGUGACAGGGAUGUCAGAUUCACAAGUGAGUUGUGGAAGGCUGCUGCUGCCGAACAGGGAACGCAGCUGCAGAUGGCUUCGGGUAAUCACCCCGAGGCCAAUGGCCAGGCCGAACAAUUGAAUCGCGCUGUCCAGCACCUGUUGCGGCAUUACAUCAAGCCCAAUCAGGUCGAAUGGGACGAGAAGCUUGCUCUCAUCGCCAGUUUGUAUAACAAUGUCGUACACAACACCACCGGAGUCAGCCCUAACAGUCUGCUACCGACCUUCAAACCUAGACUGCCUCUAGACUUUUACUACCUGGAAAUCAGUCAACUGCUGCACCCGGUACUUUAGAAUUUGCAUAUCGAUAUGAGCAGAAGAUGAAGCAGGCAGUGGAACAAAUGCAGAAGGCUCAG